GUGCUAUUCCGUACCACGUGAUCGCAGGCACGCGCUACACGGCACGUGCAGUCUCGUUUUCGUAGAUGAGGUAAUUAUCGGACGUGUAUUCUUUCCAAUAUGUCCUCUUUAAACAUCUUGAAGCCUAGUAAUUACUCAUCGGAUAUCAUGGAAAAGCCGAAAGGAUCUCCCAUGGUAAAGGUUGUCAACUUCAUCCUCCACAAGGUCUUUCGUCGCAAGAAACCAGGAUCCAUCGACAGUCCUUGCUCCGGCGAAGGAAGCUAUUUAUCGUACUCAGAGGUCGACCUCGAAAGCCUCAGCUCUGCGGUGCGACGUACACAGGAAAUGCUUGGCAGGCCACUGACGCCCCCUCUCAAGCCUCCGAGGCACAUCGUACGCGAUGAAGACGAAUUCUGUACCCCGACAUCGUCUGCACGAUUUGAUUUUAGUAGCUCACAAGUCUCCGAACGCACGCAAACGAAAGAUGCCGCAGUCGAAGCAUGCGAACGCGACAUUGACCACUGUCUGGAGCAGGACGACAACUAUUCUGUGACGUACGGCAAUGAAGAAUUCCAAUUAACGCCACAACGAGUGACUCCGCGAAGCACUAGGAAAACGCCACCACAAAGCUCAAAAUCCGUCCAAAACUUGCCGGUGGAUAACGUUGAAGAAACUCGGCGUCCUAGGCAUGCACUGUCCAGGCAUCCUUGGGGGCCAUCUCCAGAGAGAACUACAAAUGGAAAGGCACCCAAGAGGCCUACGAGUCAUCGUGACGUACGUCUCACGCCAUGCGUGAAGAAGAGCGUAGCCGGGCUGACGAAAGAAAUUGGGGUUCUGAAAGAACGAGACUGUUUCACUGGCAGCGCGCUCCCAGCAGACCAUCGAGUGGAGUCUAUGAAGCAUUCCCGUUGUGUCCCCGAACGAGCUGCAUCUGUUCCCAAGCUUCUGUGUCAACCCAUCGAUCGGACGGCACACACAACAAGCGCGAAGCUUGAUGGUAACGGGGCUUUUGUACCCGUUGACGAAACCGUUGAUCCGCAGAGCAAUCGCUUAGUGGGCUUUGGAAGGUGGUCGUGUACUCCACGAGACGUCUCGGAACCCACAUCUUCAUGGAGAACCUCGAGAGGCCUGGAAGGUUUUCAGAGGCGAGCUUCUGUAAACGCGGUGGUGACUACGAUACCGCGAAGUAAUCGGACCCAUGAUACCUCUCUGGAUUCUCUAAGUCGAAGACCCGCGACAUGCCCUGGUACAGGGAAAGCUUCGACUACCCGUUCUGGAAGGCGUCUUGUGAAGGUCGAACAUCGACCACCGACGCCGUACUCGAUGUCGCACUUGGAAACCGCAUAUCAGGACGCGGCUCCUUCUAAGUUGUGCAGGACCAACGGACAGACCAGUCUUGUCCAGGGCAAAUCGCCAAAGGACCGCGGAGAUGGGUCGUCUCCGUUCUUGAAGACGUCUCCGUUCAGUCGAUUUCGACAUUCCAGUUACUCUGGUGUCAUGAUGGCCUGUGGAGACGAGUCCGUGCUAAGCAGGGCCCGCCUUCCUCGCGUUCAAGACUUGUAGACUGUGGUAAAGUAGGUGACGCUGUCCAUGCACGAAGUAAUUUAAUUGCCUUUCGUUUGCAGUCAGUUCAAUUUUUAGUUUGCUCUGAGAAAUGUGUUGUUGGCGCUAGGUUUCUGUGCGCGAUUCUUCGCGGCGCCAAAGGCCUGCCAAAUGGCAGACGAAAUAAAUCUUAUUUAUUUCUUUACAAAUACUCUGUUAACGUGAAACAACAAUCUUACGAUUAAUAAAUACCAUAUUUAAUGAA